UUUCUUUUUUUUUUUAAAAAAAUCCCUUUUCCCCGUCCCCCAACGCGAUUCAAUUUCCAACAAUUAUGAAUUGAUAUCAUAAUCUUGUCCUGUGGGGGAGAAGUGGGAAAAUUUCCAGGGACGCCAUGGACAUUGAAACUGUGAAACGAUAUCUAGAAGGGAAAGCAGGCGAUGAAGGCGACGACAGCAGUGGAUCCAAAAAUACGAUGCCAGACAGAUUCUUUGAGCGGUUUUUUGCGGGAUGCCUUAAAAUUGAGCUGAUCGAGCGUGGUCGCGUCAUCUGCUCCAUGAAAGUCCCUCCUCGUCUCCUGAAUUCAGGUAAUUUCUUGCACGGCGGAGCGACGGCGACGCUGGUGGAUCUGGUAGGUUCUGCAGUGAUAUUCACUCUCGGAGCUCCACAGACGGGAGUUUCGGUCGAGAUCAAUGUUUCAUACCUUGACGCUGCUUAUGUUGAUGAGGAGAUAGAGAUUGAAGCCAAAUCGCUGCGUGUCGGUAAGGCUGUUGCUGUCGUGAGCGUCGAACUGAGGAAGAAGAAGACUGGCAAGAUUAUAGCUCAAGGCCGCCAUACCAAAUACCUAGCUAUCACUAGUAAGCUCUGAAGGGUCUCUCUGGUUUUAAUGGCUUCUUUCUCUAUACUUUUUUUUUUUACCGUCAAUGGCCUUUUUUUUUACAAUAAUUCAUCACAUUAGUGUAUAAUGAAUUAAAAUGCUCGUCUUUAAACGAAAAUUCGAAAUAAAAAUAAACAUAUAUUUUA